AUGGCACAAAUCGCAUCUCCCAAGCUCGAGCUCCUACGCGCCAAGCUCGCUCUUGCUAUCGGCCCCGUUGAGAUCAACCUCGCCUACGAUGAGGUCAAAGCCGCCCGUCCCAAUGCCCUCGAUGAGCCGUGGUCGGAAGACAUGAGUGGACCUCACCACCAUGUUGGUAAGCUUCUUUCCCACCAUAGUCUGAACAACUGGGGACUAACUUCCCUCAUGCUAGUGUUCAACAACAAGGCUUUCGUGCUCUCUGAAGUUGCGAACGAGCAGCUGGCUUCCGGAAUGGCGCGCGGUUGUCCUUCGAUCGAUGCAGGGGAGAACAUCAAGCUGUACCUAAACGACAUCUGGCAGCUUGAGGUAUUCCGGAUGAUGGGAUUAGACCUGGCUGCUAUCCGCUGCCCUAUCACUGGGCGUGACCCGUUGGGAUCCCUUUACUAUUCGCUGAUCACUGCUGUCAACGAACGUAUCUUGAAGCAGAAAUUCCCUGUCAAUGGGAGUGAAGUGAUCGAUGGGAUGGCGAAUCUAGGGAUCGAUGACGUGGCGUUGGAGGAGAAAGGGGACGAGGCAAAGGGGGGAGAAUGGUCGGAAGAGGAGAUUAGCAGUGAAGGUGGGCAGGAGAAGGAGGAUGGAGAUCAGGCGGCGCAGGAUCGAGAGAAGAACACAGUGAAGCAGACGAGCGUGGAAGAAGAGAAGCAAGCGCACGCGGACGCAGUGGUGGAGGAAUGA